AUGUCUUACGCUUACCCUCACCCGCCGAAGCCAUCGAGGACCCCAGGAGGCGAUCAGGAACAUGUACCGGCAGUAUCGGUACAUGAACCCGAUCAGUGGAUUGACCAAGCGGCGCAGGACUUUACGACACAGGCCCCCUACUUGACCACCAACAACUACUACCAUCAUGGCCCGGACAACUUCAUCCAAGAGAACUGGCUCUCAGAUACGAAUCAGACUUGGAGUGCAGAGAGUUCAUCGCAAAAUCAAUGGUCACAUGACGCAACUCCUCCUUUCUUGGCUUCCAGUGAGGGAUCAUUGGGGCAGGAGAGGCCUUUCUUAUAUAGUGAUGCUGAACAGUCGGCUUUGGAUUACAACAACAAUUUUAACAUAUACCAGCCCGGGGAUGUUUCCGUUUUAAAUGAAAGAAUCGCUUCUCAUCCUCGGUCUCGCAUCCAUCCAAUUAACGAAGUCGCUCCGUAUUACCAUUCUCGGACACCGCAAGAAAGCCAGUUCGUUCCUCCAAUCGAUCAACACCUACCAUUCGAAUGUGCAUCUACUACCGAUUCUGGACCCGUUGAGCAAUACACACAACCCAACGCUUUCGAAACAAGCUUACCUCUAGACCCCUCAUGGCUAUCGUCCUACCCAGAAGCUUAUUCCUAUAGCACCGCUACUGGAUCAUCACCCAAUCUUUCUGCAUCUAGUUCACUUCCUCCCAAAGUAGAGCUCGAUUGGUCAAACAAUGAGCAACUUCCAAAUCUUCCUUCAAACAGUCGGGACACAUCAAAACGGAAACGUGAAUCGCCUCAGCCAACAGCCAAGAAGGGUAGACCAAAGGACCCUCAGCAAGGACUUGCCGAAUUCGUCUUGGUCUUUGAAAAUGCUCCUGGGGCAUUAGCUGCUAUCAAACAUCGGCGGAAGCUGGAUGCUCCUGUCAGGAAAGCAGCAAGGGAUGUUCGAAAGGCUGGCGCUUGUCACCAAUGUAGAUUUAGGAAGAGAACGUGCUCGACGGGAACGCCUUGUUCGUCCUGUCUGAAAAAUGGUAACGGUCUCCAUGAAAUCAAAUGCCAGAGAGAAAGUCCGUUCGUGGGGAGGGAAACGUAUGAGUACUUCAGACAUUCUUCCACUAGGAGAGUUGUCACGUUCAAUGUCACGAUCCCGAUCGACACAAAAUCCGCUGACUAUCUUAAUUCCGAGUGGACAACCGUCGUUAUUGAUGGUGUGGGAGGGUUAUCACACUCUAUCAAACUUAAAGCUCAGAAGACACGACUGAGCAACUUCAGCCCAGAAGAGCAGAAGACUAUCAAGCAAACCGAAGACCAAAACCAGAAUAAAAACAAGAACUUUAAUGCUGAGUCUGUCAUAAUCCUUGCGGAUGGGGAUUCACUUGGGCAACAGGUUGAGCAGUGGGCGGUAGAAUACACAUCCAAGUUCAUACAUGCCGCUGGUCCGAAAUUCUACGCGACAACGAUAGCGCAAAUCCUUGGAACAGCAUACGUCAAGAAAGGCUUACCUGAGUCUAAACUCGUCGGUGCAAUGGUCCGCGUAGCUUCAAUAGCAUUCGUAUUACGCGCAGGAGUGAAAUGCAGCGAACCCGAACUAUCCUCUCGCUUCCGUACCAUCCAAGCAAAAAUCGACACACUCCUUUACGAGCGCUUGAUACUCGCCACCAACGAGCUCUUCCAGAAACUACAGCAUCUCAUUUUCCGGACCGCCGGGUCUCUGAACAGAGAUUCGAUAUAUCCAGUAGCGCUUGUUUUGUGGCAGCUUUCACGGAUCCUAUGUAUCAGCUCAAGUCAUCUCUCGAAUAUUGCGCAGAAGUUCCAUUCAAAAGCUAAUGGCCAAGCUGACUAUCAAUUCGUCAACAUGCGCCUGGUGCUCUCAACACACAUGGCGCUUUUCCGCUCCAGCAAUCCGCUCUUGCUUAACCUGACUGAAAAGAGCAAUCAAGAUCUCCUAGGGGGCGAUGCGGAUCUAAUCAGAUUAGCGGGUGAGAUGCGGAAGGUGGUGUUGACGUUUAGGGACAAGGGGUUUCCGGAGAUGAAAGGCAGUAUUGCGUAUAGAAAAGAGUACUUUGACAUGUUUAGGAAGGUUUAUGAUGGCAUGUAG